UUUAAAACAAAAGUAUUAAAUUUAACCAAUCAUUUCUACUGUAUUUUUGCCUACAGAAUUGGAACAGUGUCAGUGUAAUUGGAAAUACAAAGGGGAAUUUUUAUAGCAUUUUACAAUGAAUAUUUGGUAAAAACAGUUUACUGCAUUUUAAGCUAUUGGUUGUGGAAUAUCUCAGGCAGACAGACAGACAGACAGACAUAGAUAAUGAGUCUACUAAUGACCAUGGCAGUAUCAAAUAGAAGCAGAAAUUUCAACAGUACUUCAGCUUUAACAGUGGAUGACACACAAAGUCUGGCAAAAUUUUAUGAAAAAAAUGAGGAGCACAGAGAUGUUGAAAGUGAGUAUGAAGGUCGUGAAUCUCUAAACAGAAAAAUACAUUUUCAUGUUGGUAACAUCACUGACUUUAGUGUUGAUGCCAUUGUUUGUUCUGUACAAACUCUUCUCACCAGUAAACCUUGCGGCAUGCACAAGAUGGUUACAAGCAGAGCAGGUCACGUGUAUGAGGAAAUGUGUGCAGAGGUUGGAUACUGUAAGGCUGGAGACGCUUUCAUCACAAAUGGUUAUGGUCUGGAGGCAAGAAACAUAAUCCAUACUGCCAGCCCUUCCCCUGAUACAUCACUGAGUUAUGAGGAGAGAAAAUGUUGUCUCAAGAAGAGUUAUCUUUCUUGUCUGGAAAUUGUAAAACAGUCACAGCAGAUCAGAACACUGGCCUUCCCAUGUCUUGGAUCAGGAGGGGGAGGGAUACAGCUACCCGACGCUAUAACAACUGCAGUAACAACUAUCAGACAAUGGCUCGAGACUGAAGACAAUCUUACACAGGUUGAAAGUAUAAUACUAGUUAUGUAUGAUGAAAAUCAAUGGAAUGAUUACAGAAAAGAACUCUUCAAGACAUUUCCAUAUGGGAAAGAUAUAGCGGGUAUUGACAUGGAGACACUUGUUAGUGCGGACAGAACAACAAUCCUGGGGUUCGUACCUCAGACUGCUAUAUCAACCAACAUACUUUGCUACCAGUACAACAACUCUGCGGUACAACAAGUUGGCAAACAUUUACACAGCAUUGUGAACUGGCUUCAAAGAAAGCUGGGAACCAGAUCAGAACCAGCUGUGCGAUACAGGAACUGUGGAACAUUUUUAAUAAAUGAAGUACAUAAACAUAGGGUAGUGGUUUAUCAUGGUGUGGAAAGUUGUACAUUAGAAAUACAAAUCAUAUCUUACAGUGAUAAUCCAGGCAACUUUCAAGUGAAAAUCUGCGAAGAUGUGCAAUCAUUAAUUGACAGUUAUUUAAUAACAAAUCUAGAAAACGUGACAAAAUAUAAAACUUAUAUAAGGUGUGAUAAUACCAGUUGGGGUGAUACAAAUGGCAUGACAGGUAUAAAGAAACUAAAACGUAAAAUGUCUGGGACCACUACAAUACAAUGUAGACACAGGAAAUCGGGAAUCAAUAUGACACAUUCAAUUAAUUUAAAUGAAAUGACAAAGUUUUGGAUAUAUGAAGAUCAGAGUGUUCUUCAUCGAGAACCAGGCGAGCACAAUGAAUGUGCUGAUGAAUCAGAAGACUCAAUAUCCUGGCCGUCACUGGUGUCAAUAUCUAGUUCAGAAAGUGGCGGGAAAUCAGAACAGAAACUUGACAAUAUUAUAAUGGAGACAGGACCGUCUGCUCGUAUUCCUGUGGAGCAUUUGGAUGAAAUUCCGAACACUUUCAGUAAAGUUAAAGACUUUGUGAAGGGUAAAUUUCAGCUUUUUACAAAGUCGAACAAGGAUACCACUGACACUGUGUCUGAAACUGAAAUAAACAGUCCUUCAUCAAAUUAUCAACCAAUAAAUGAUUCCCUGCUUCUAUCUGAAUGUAAGCAGCUUACUAAAGGGAGGGAAUUGGGAGAAAACACAAAUAUAUACUCCCGCCAUCAUAGCACCGAUUCUCUACAAGCAUGGGAACCAGGGGGUCAUGACGUGCCAGAAUACCAGAGCCACAAGCAAACAUCAAGGAGUGGACAAAAUGGUAGUUCAUCAAAGGGAUGUGGAAAUAAUAGUCAAACAUCAGUUGCAAGUGGGAAAAGUAAGCAAACAGAAAGCAGAAGGAACAGUCAAUCAUCAACAGGAAAUGGACAAAACAGAACAUCUCAAGGCAGUAAUUACAGUGGUGACUGUGAAAUAGGACAAUCAACACACGAAGGAUGCACAAGUUCAUUAACUGGUGAAUUGAAUGUUGACUCUUUAUGUCGUUGUGGUGCAAGCAGAUAUGGAUACAAGACAGGACCUCAGAGCAAUAAUUAUUGUUCAAGUGAAAAGACAAGUUUAGAUGAUAAAACACUACUAAAUAUUGCAAGAAUGAUUGGAAACAGAGAAACACAGCUUGGAUUAGAAUUAGGACUGGCUUAUGAAUCUAUACAAAGGAUAAAAUCAGACAACUUUGGUGAUGCCAUAAUGCAAGCUUUCAAUAUUUUACGAGAAUGGAAAAUCAAGCAGCGUGGUAAAGGUUCUGUAGAGACAUUGUUAGAUGCAAUGACAAACUGUAGCAUAGACACAACCUCUUUAACAACUUUCAGAUAGCAAAAUGCUUCACCAAUUUAAAAUAAUCCUUACAGAAUAAAGAUGUAACUUCUUUUUACAGAAAUAUAGGGUAAUGUCAUGGAAUGGAUUGAAACUUCAAACACUUGUUCAUUGAGAAGACUGGACAUGAACUGCAUAAGUUCUAUAAUUCUGUUUUGUUUUUUCACAAAGUUAUGCUCCUUUUUGGAUGUGGCAAUUAAUGAUUAAGUUUUAAUAUGUAAACUAGUAUCUCAGUAACCACUACUGGGAAUAGAUUCAAACUUCACACUUAUUUUCUGUAAUAAUCUGGCAUGCAGUAUACAGAUCCAUAACUUUAUUUUUCACUAAGUUACCAGUAUGCCCCAUUUUCAACUUUCAGUAUUAAUUCAUUUAACUUUUCCCAUGACAAGGUUUUUGAAUAGUUGAAAUUUGCUGUUCACAGACAGCUCUUGUUUGCAACUGUACAUUUUUUAUUCCAUACCUCAUGUUUUUAUUUCGAUGUAAAUGAGAUGUGGAACCAAAAUUUGUAGUCCUGUUUGCGCCAUAUAACCUAUACCGUGUUGGUGCGCCGUAAAACCCAAAUAAACAAAUAAAUGCAAUUGUACAUGGCAUAUCACAUCACUGGUAUAAAUUCAUUUUACAGGAUCUACAAGUUGUAUGGUUCUUGCCCUCUGCCUCCAGUUGAUAUCUAUCCGUGUUCCAAGUUGUGGUUAUAUUUUCUGGUGUUUUGGGACCAUGGAGUCCAUUCAGUUUUACUAUAAUUGAAUUCUCCUGAAUUUAUUUUACCAGAUUUAUAUAGCACCAUUUUCAUGUUAAAAGGGGAUUUACAUAGCGCAAAGGCAGCCACGCAUGAACAGAUUGUCAAACGAGUCUGCUAUUACUUUGCUUGGUUGUGUUCUGUGCUUCCAAGGAUCUACUCAUUUUAUCAUUAAGGUUUAGGCAACAGAACAAGCUGGAUAGUUAUAUGGCUACAAUUGUUCUUUUCAGCUGCAUGAAAGAAAUGAAAUAAAUAGAAUUACUGUUA